GAACAUUCGCUUCAUCGACAGUGGAGACACUAAAUCCCCACUUCUCUCAGCGUAGUGUGCGCGUACAACCAACCGAUCAAGUAGCGAUCAAAUGGUUGCAAACGUACAUCGCGCUCUAGCACAGUAUUUUUUGUACUCCGCGGACCUGUGAUUGCACUUCUGUGUGUGGGUGGGCGUUUAUUGUGCUUGUAUGUAUACGCACAAAGAGCAUUGAGGAACGCGAGUGCAGCAUUUGUCCAACUAGACACAAGCACACGCACACACCAACAUCGCGAUAGCAAAAGGAUGGCCACCAGAUGAGCCCCGCACUACGUAAUCGCAGUGGCAAGCAGUGGGUAAUCAGCCGGAUCGGGACAAGCGAAGACGCCAGUGUAAGCGAAACGACAACAGCAAAACCAAAACAAACCCAAUAUUGAGUCAGACAACCAACCCCUACUUUGCACCCCAAACGUCAUAAUUGGGUUGUUUCAGCUCGCUCGAGGACGUUGCAUACGACCGAAGAGCGAACGAGAGAACGCGUCCUGAGGCAGUAGUGCGACCGAAGAAGAGCGAUUGAGUGUGCUCAAGCGCGCGCUGUAUUGUGCUGCAGUUUAUAUUUCGCGGGCCAGCUGAGCGAACGUUUGCGAAUACGCCAAGCAGCUGAGUGGAACUAUUUGUCUUUGCACACGGACACGCGAUUGGAGCAACGGUUUGCGAGUGCUUGUUUCUGCGGGGGGAUAAGUAUUACAGCAUCGAAAGUGCAUCGUACGGUUUUGCAGCAAGUUUGUGAAGGACCCACGGCAGGUUUCAAUUACGGCAACAAGAGAAGGCCAUGUAAAACCAGCUCAAAACAAACCCCACUACCCCCCGUCGUCAAAUCUCAAGGACGGCAGUGCAAGCGGUAAACGUAAAACACUCGUCCCAUCACAUCGGGUUUUUUGGUGCUCGCCCCAUCACAUCGUCACCAUCAACGCAUCACUGUCGUCGCCUACUUGGUGUCACCCAGAAACGGUGUGUGUAUGCAGUGUUACAGCACACAGUGUGUGUGAGAGAGAGAGCAACCAAGCGCACGUUAGCAAACGCAUCGCGCAAACCACGACAUCGUUUGCAGCGCAGCGCGCACUGCACCGAGGCAAAACUAAACCAAAAUAAAGGGUGCAAGAAGAAGGCUGAAGAAAAUCGCACGGAUUGUCACAACCACCACCCUCAAUUACACCACCCAUCGCACUCUGGUACACAUAUUGCAAUGUGUGUGAUUUGUGUGCGUACGCUCUUCUUGUGAUAUUACAACAUUCGCACAAUUCCUUGGCCGCGCACCACACGACGACAUAUUCUUUAGCAGUGCGUGUGGCGACAAGUGCCCAACCACGCGGUUGUGUUCAGUUACAAACAAAAAAAAAAAAGUACAAAGCAACAACAACAAAACAACACGCCAUCUUUAAACAACGGCUAACACAACAACAACAAAACCACUAAAGAGGCUCGUGAAUUAAGUAGUAGAGAAAAAAAAGGUAGAAGACGACGGCAAACUGCAAAGCGGCGCUCGCCUCCUUCGGUACUGGUAGUAAUAGCAGCAGCACACACGGUUUUGUGUGCAGCAACUGUAGUAGUAGUCGGUCGCAAACGGAAACGGAUCGCGUUAUUUGUUCUUUGGUUGCAAAUUUUUGGGUUAUCGUCGCGACACGCGAAAGCAAUAUGGAUAGCGCACAGCAACAACGGCAAUCGUUACGUUCGGACUGCGACGAGGAGGAGGAGGCGGCUCGGGAUGUUAAGAUGCAACCGGUAGACAGGCCGGACCUGAAGGUAGCCCAGACCCCUGCAACACCGAUGGUCAUCGAGCAGGAAACUGCAGUGAUCCGUCCGAAGAUGGAAGCCGCAUCGAACAACGCAGAGCCGCAGAACACAAAGUUCUGGGAUAGGUACGAGAUGCAUGGUGAGUUCGACAAGGGUACGUUCAGCACGGUUUUGUUGGCUUCGUUACGAGCCCAGCAGCAUCUGCCGCUAGACAAGCGGAGCAAGUUCGCGAUCAAGCUGAUCGUACCAACGAGCCAUCCGGAUCGGAUCGCGCGAGAAAUACUCUGCAUGAAGAAGAUGGGCGGCCAGUGCAAUGUGAUCGGGUACGUUGAUGCGUUCCGGUUCAAGGGUUCCGGUUCGGUAGGGGUCGUGAUGCAUUACAUUCCGCAGGAACCGUUCCAUCUGUACUUCGCCCAGCUAACACCGGCUGACGUUCAGCGCUAUCUGCAGCAGUUGUUAAUUGCCCUGAAACGGGUGCAUCUGUUCGGGGUAAUUCAUCGGGAUGUCAAACCGAGCAACUUCCUGCACAGUCCACGCCAUCGCACCUACAUGCUGGUUGACUUUGGGCUAGCGCAGGAAACGAAUAAAGGCGUACUGUCGCUGCGCACACCCGGAAACCAGCCCGCCCAGACUGAUGAGGGUGUCAAGCGUGAGGAUCAGGUUGUUCCGCAACAUCAAGAUACUGUCCUGGUGCGCAACCCGCUGAAUCGUAAGACCAACAGCAAUACCCACCCGUUGAAGCUCUCGAAUAGUACAACGAAGGAUCUCGCCGAUGUACCAAUGCUGGGUCGGCAAAUCAAAUCGGUCGCCAGCACCGUGAGCAAUGGGGUAAAGCAUCGCCGUUCGGCAAUGCUAGAAAACCGAUCGCCCUAUGCAAGGGAUCUCAAAACGGACGGUGCUAACGUCGCAUCGCGCCAAUCUAGGGACCAGCCCACGUGCAUGUGUCCCGGUCAACCGCAGGUGUGCAAUCUGUGCUUGGUGAAGCCGGAAAUGAAUGCUCCCCGGGCCGGUACGCCUGGCUAUCGACCACCGGAAGUGUUGCUGAAGUAUCCGGACCAAACGACGGCCGUCGAUAUCUGGGCCGCUGGUGUCAUCUUUCUCAGCCUGUUGAGCAAGCUGUAUCCAGUCUUUACCAACGAGGACGACCUAACCUCGCUGGCGCAAAUCAUUGAGGUGUUUGGGUACGAGCGUAUAAAGGAAACGGCCCGUGUACUCAAACAGCGACUAGGUUGCUCGCCGGAAACGAUGGCAAAACAACCAUACAAUCUGCGGCGCUUUUGUCAAAACUUCCGUCUAAUCUACAAAAGGCGCGAAUCGGGUACGGCUGCCGGUGGGUCUAGUCCUCCGUCCGGGCGGGAUGAGGAAAAUUUGACCUGUGACAACUGCUGCAAACCUCCGGACAGUUGUCUGUGCCAGCGACGUAGGAUUGUGGCCGAUGAGAGUGUUGGACGUCCGAGGGAUGCGGAUUGCGAUGAGUACGGUCCGGAAGCGUACGAUCUGCUGGAACGGUUGCUUGAAACAAACCCGCAUCAGCGUAUUACUGCUUCUGAGGCGUUGCAGCAUCCCUACUUCAAUGUCCAGUACUGAGAACUACAAUGGUUGCGGUUGUUGAGGUCGAGUUUGGUAGCAGAUCAGAUCGCGAAAGGGCACGGUUACGGUUACGCACCCACAUUUCACCAGCACCACCGGUACAAAACCACAAAUGACAAAGUAUGAACACAGAGCGUAGCGAUUAUAGUGAAAGCAAGGAGAAUGGAAAAAAAGAAUUCUUGGCUAGUGGCGUCAAUUAUAGAGCCAGUAUAUAGUAAAUGAAGAGAGACAGAAACAACAAGAGAUAUAGAGAGCGAUGGAUAGCGGGAGGUCAUAAAUGGGUUAGAGAUUAUCUUUGAAUAGUAAAUUACUUCUUUAAGUUACCACCACCGAAUAGUUAACGCAUGCUCUGUUGCCACACGAUCGUUCUCACCGCGCGCAUCAUAACCAUCGAUCACCAAAAUUCGAAUGCCGCACGAAUGGCCCAUACACUUAACCAAAUUAUACACGCAACGAGCAGAUACACAGACUGUAGGCGCACUAGUUUGGUGCGAAACGGUACAGCAGCCAGUAUGUAUAUGAAAAUAACACCCGUCCGCCACAGUGCAAUAGAGGAAAAUCAGUGCGCGCCCUACAUUCCGUUUUCGUCCUUGUACUCUCUCCCCUUUAAGACGUUAAGAACAGACAGGGAAAAAAAUGACGCAAACUGUGUGAGAAACAUUCAACACAAAACCCACCAGCGAGAAUCAAACAAGAUCAUUUUCAAGGAAAACAUACACAGAAUGGGAUGCAUUUAUUUGUUGUCAUCCGGACACACCGGCAGAAGUUCCUCCCAAACACUUUUUACGGCUUGAUAUGAUGAGCUAACACUUAUGCUCGCUCUCUCUCUCUCUUUCUCUCUACUACCGAUGGCGGAGGAGGAACAUCAGCAAGAAAUUGGCCAUCAGCAAAACAAGGCAGCACAGGACAAAAAGGCAGACAGGGUUUAUGCGUUUGUUAAAUUUUGUUUUCAUUACCUUAUUUAUUUUAAUGUACCUUUAUUCUUGUUCUUGCUUUUGUUCGUAAGGCAAAAGUCGAGCUAGGAAACAUUAUGCUAGUUUGCGCAAGCGCGCGAAGCUUCCACGCGGUAGCUUAUUAUUUAUUACCUUUUUGUUUUUAAUCUUUACUUCGAUUGAAUGGGGCCAUACGCACGCGUUUUCUACCGAAGCUUCCAACAUCCAACGUGCUUCUAGGUGUAAAUAGUGUGUCAGGAUGGGAAGUUCGAAGUGGUUAGGGAAGGAUAGAAAGCCCCCCAGCUCUAAAGGCCGCAUUGAGCUGUAAUUUUUAAUCUAUUUAUUAAAUUAUUGUCACAAAACUGUUGGAAUGAAUGAGGCAUUGCUUUGUUGUUGUUAGGGUUGCCAGUACGAAUAGCACAGUUGAGAGUUUUAAUCUGUUGCUGCAUGCUUCACGUGUGUUUACCGUGACGCUAAAGUAAAAUACUUAAGUAAAAGCAACAAGUCUGAGGAGGGCAUUUGCGUAGAGACACCGUUCUAGCUUACAAGCUGGUGCAAGCUAGCCGAACACAGCAGCAUUAUAAUUGAGUAGGGUAAAGGGAACAAGGCAUGAGAUUUCGUACGCCGGUGCAAGAUUAUGGCAAAAGAAAGCCGAAAAAGCGUUACGGUUAAAGAUAAAAUACAGGGCCAGUAGCAGUGAACGCUGUAAGUGGGAAAACAGAUGGAAAACCCGUCACCUGUCCGGGUUUGUCAUCAGCGCCAUCGUGGUCGUCGUAAAACACAAAAAAAAACACAUAAAACAAAAACAUGAAAAAAAUAAGUACAACAUUAAACCAAUGGGGUUG